AUGAGUGUGGAAAAUGUACAGAUAAUUUUUGAUGAGCCUACAGCAGUAUUUACGCCCGGCCAAACCAUUUCCGGACGAGUUUCAAUUGUGAUUUCUAAUAGUUCACUGAAUAUCAAAUAUAUACAAUUGAAAUUCCUGGGAGAAGCUAGUGUCAGUUGGUAUGAAAGAAGGAAUGAAGUCAGAUAUCGUUCUAGACGUGGACGUCGUUCAUUUAAUCGUUAUUUUACUUCAAAAGAAGAUUAUUUUAAAAAUAUUAAAAAUAAAUUUUUUCUGGUAGGUGCAGAAAAAGGUAAAUCUCAAUUAGAAGUUGGUGAAUAUGUCUAUCCAUUUAAUUUUUCUUUACCACAUGAGAUACCAUCAACAUUUAAAGGUGAGUAUGGAGAAGUAUUUUAUACAGCAAAAGUCAAAAUUAAUGUACCUUUGAGAAUGAUUAUAGAGAAAAAAACAACGUUUGAGGUUAUUUCUCCUGUACAUUUAAAUGAAGAACCAUCGUUAGCUGAACCCAAGACAGCGUUAAAAGAAAAGUUUUACUGUUGCUUUUUGUGUAAAUCAGGCCCGAUGACAUUGAUUGCCUAUAUCCCAUAUAGUGGUUUUAUACCUGGACAAUCUAUACCAGUUACAGUUGAAUUAGAUAACAACAGCAAUGUAUAUGUGAAAUCCAUAGAAAUAAAGCUGGAUAGAACUUUGGAAUAUAAAGCACUGUGGCCUUCUGGUAACAUAACACAUGAACAUUCAAAUAUUGUAUCCGUUUUUAUAAAUGGUGUAGAAAAAUACAAAUCGAAAACAUGUUUGAAACAACUUCAAAUUCCGAAUGAAAUAAUGGUACCCAAUUUAAAACAUUGUGAUAUUAUAACUGAUAAAUAUUUUCUAAAUGUUGAGGCUCAUGUUAAUAUUCCACAUUUAAAUGAAGUAGCUUCUAUUAAAAUAAAAUUGGGUAGUACGCCAUUGACAAUAGGUAGCAAUGAUAGUGAAUUUGAUUAA